AUGACAAGCGAACCUACCCAGGAAGUAACCAAAUGUGGUCCAAAUGAAAAGGACUACUUCCGCAUCAGAGCAAAGGUAUACCGUUUUGCAGAUGACGAAUGGAAGGAGCGUGGUCAAGGUGAGGUCUUGAUCGCGGAGGAUCCCAAAGAGAAGAAAUACAGGCUUCUUCUCCAUCGAGAUCAGACCCUAAAGUGCGCAGUGAACCUCCCCUUGAUUGAGGGCGUGGCAGUGAAGCCGCUCGGAAACUCUGACAAAGCUGUUACUGUUGCCGGUCUCGACUUUUCAGACAACGAGAAGAAACAAACCGUUUUUGCAGUCAAGUUUACCGAGGCAUGGAUGUGCAAGAACUUUCAAACUGCUGUAGAGCAUGCCCUGGCGGGGAAAGAGUUGACCGAGGCCGAUCUGAUCAAAAAGCCUGACUCCGAAGAACCCAAGAAUGAUAAACCUGCUGAGGCGAAAGCUUCUGAAAAAGAUGUUGAAGAAGUGGGUGACAAAAAGUGA